AUGGGCAACGCACAGGGCCAGCUGACCCCUCAAGAGCAAAAAGACCUCGUCCAAGCCGCAAACUUCAGUGAGCGCGAUAUUAAGAAACUCUAUAAGCGCUUUCGUGCGCUGGACACGAACCAGAACGGCGAGCUGGACCCCCACGAGCUGUUUGAAGUUCCCGAGAUCGCAGAUAACCCAUUGGUGAAGCGCGUGCUGUCUAUAUUCGACACGAAUGGCGAUGGCCGAGUGUCGUUCAUAGAGUUUCUUGUGGGUUUGUCGAAGUUGGCAGCUGGCACGGACGAGAUGCAAAAGACUAAGUUUGCAUUUGAUGUCUACGACAUCAACAAAGACGGGCACAUAAGCAACGGAGAGCUCUUUGCCGUUAUGAAAAUGAUGGUGGGAAACAACCUUAACGACCAGCAGCUGCAGCAGCUAGUGGACCGAACAAUUGUGCAGGCGGACAAGGACGGGGACGGAAUGAUUUCUUUUGAAGAAUUUAGAGAGAUGGUUUCCCACAUCGACAUCGCAGAUAAACUCCGAGUUGACGUUUGA